CCGGGUCCCUUGGCGACUGCUUCAGCCCCGGGAGCUCAGCUGAUCCGGCCUCUGCCAGACUUGGAGGUGUGAAUUACAAACUUCAGUAAUGGAAUUAGCUCACAGUUUAUUGCUAAACGAAGAAGCUUUGGCUCAAAUCACUGAAGCAAAGAGACCAGUUUUUAUCUUUGAAUGGCUGCGAUUUCUUGAUAAAGUCUUGGUUGCUGCUAACAAGACUGAUGUAAAGGAAAAACAGAAAAAACUUGUUGAACAGUUAACUGGAUUGAUAAGUAGUUCACCUGGACCACCUACAAGGAAAUUAUUAGCUAAAAAUCUUGCAGCCCUUUAUAGCAUUGGGGAUACUUUUACAGUUUUUCAAACACUUGAUAAAUGUAAUGACAUUAUCAGAAAUAAAGAUGACACUGCAGCCUACUUACCAACAAAAUUGGCUGCAGUUGCUUGUGUUGGAGCAUUUUAUGAAAAAAUGGGGAGAAUGUUAGGUAGUGCAUUUCCAGAAACAGUAAAUAAUCUUCUGAAAUCUCUGAAAAGUGCAGAGUCUCAAGGGAGAAGUGAAAUCUUAAUGAGUCUACAGAAAGUUCUGAAUGGAUUAGGAGGUGCAGCAGCUUCCUCUCAUCGUGAUAUUUACAAGAAUGCCAGAUCCCUCUUAACAGACAGAUCGAUGGCUGUUAGAUGUGCGGUGGCCAAGUGUCUACUAGAACUACAGAAUGAAGCUGUCUUUAUGUGGACUGCUGAACUGGAAAAUAUAGCCACUCUCUGCUUUAAGGCUUUGGAAAACUCAAAUUAUGGGGUACGAGUGGCAGUGUCUAAACUCUUAGGAACUGUCAUGGCUACAGCAUUGAUGCCAAAGCAGGCAACAGUAAUGCGUCAAAAUGUGAAACGAGCAACAUUUGAUGAAGUCUUAGAACUUAUGGCCACUGGAUUUCUCCGUGGAGGGUCAGGUUUCUUAAAGAGUGGUGGAGAAAUGUUAAAAGUUGGAGGAUCUGUUAAUCGUGAAGUAAGAGUUGGAGUUACACAGGCAUAUGUUGUUUUUGUAACUACUUUGGGUGGACAGUGGCUGGAGCGGAGCUUUGCUACAUUCUUGUCCCAUGUGCUUGAUCUGGUUUCUCAUCCUCGGGCAACACAAACACAUGUGGAGGCUGUGUAUUCAAGACGAUGUGUUUCCUUUAUCCUGAGAGCUACUGUGGGCAGCUUGCUAGGUGAAAAAGCCCAGAUAGCAGCUGCCAAAGAGAUCUGUCAAGCUAUUGGAAAACAAAUGAAAGCAGUAGAAGCAGUAGUUAAUGAUACUAGUAGUGAAAACAAAUCAGGCGCAGCAGACAUUGCAGCAAGUCAGCACGUGAUGGUCUGUGCCCUCCAGGAGCUUGGAAGCCUGGUACAGAGCCUGAAUGCCACUGCCUCUCCUCUUAUUCAGGAGGCAUCAAUAGGGCUCUUGGAGAUUGUGACUUCAGUUCUUCUUCAUCCAAGUAUGGCUGCUCGGCUUGCUGCUGCAUGGUGUUUGCGCUGUGUGGCUGUAGCCUUACCUUUCCAGUUGACACCAUUUCUAGAUCGGUGUGCAGAACGGCUCAACAACUUGAAGACUUCUCCAGAAGCUGUUAGUGGAUACAGCUUUGCAAUGGCUGCUUUGUUAGGUGGAGUCCAUCAGUGUCCUUUGGGCAUUCCUCAUGCCAAAGGAAAGAUGGUAGUUAGUAUUGCUGAAGAUCUGUUACGAACUGCUGCCCAAAAUAGCAGAUUGUCUUUACAGCGCACUCAAGCUGGCUGGCUUUUACUUGGAGCACUUAUGACUUUAGGACCAUCUGUUGUUCGUUACCAUCUGCCCAAGAUGUUGUUAUUAUGGAGAAAUGUUUUCCCUCGUUCUUUAAAGGAACUGGAGGCUGAGAAGGCCCGAGGCGAUUCUUUUACCUGGCAGGUAACUUUGGAAGGUCGUGCUGGAGCUUUAUGUGCUAUGAGGAGUUUUGUUGCACAUUGUCCUGAACUCCUAACUGAAGAUGUGAUUAGAAAAUUAAUGACCCCUAUUGAAUGUGCCAUGACUAUGAUGUCACACAUUCCAUCUGUCAUUAAAGCCCAUGGAGCUCAUCUGAAAGCUAGUGCUGCAAUGGUCCGUUUAAGACUUUAUGACAUCUUGGCUUUGUUACCUCCAAAAACUUAUGAAGGAUCUUUCAAUGCACUUCUUAGAGAACUAGUAGCAGAAUUUACUUUGACUGACAACUCAGCCAACACAACCACCUCCCUUCUCCGAUCUCUUUGCCAUUAUGAUGAUAGCGUUCUUCUUGGAUCCUGGCUUCAAGAAACUGAUCAUAAAUCAAUUGAAGACCAGCUCCAGCCAAACAGUGCAUCUGGAAGUGGGGCUCUGGAGCAUGACCCUUCCUCCAUUUAUUUACGAAUACCUAUUGGUGAAGCUGUACCUGGUCCUCUCCCUCUUGGAGUCUCAGUGAUAGAUGCCUCUGUGGCUCUUUUUGGUGUAGUGUUUCCUCAUGUUUCAUAUAAACACCGAUUACAAAUGCUGGAUCACUUUGCUGAAUGUGUUAAACAAGCCAAAGGUGUCCGCCAGCAGGCUGUGCAGCUUAAUAUAUUUACUGCUGUUCUUAGUGCACUCAAGGGUUUAGCUGAAAACAAAAGUACUUUAGGACCUGAGGAAGUUCGUAAAUCUGCUCUGACACUGGUUAUGGGUGCUCUUGACAAUCCAAACCCAAUCUUACGGUGUGCAGCAGGAGAAGCUCUUGGAAGAAUGGCUCAGGUGGUUGGAGAAGCGACUUUUAUAGCUAGAAUGGCUCAAUAUAGCUUUGACAAAUUGAAAUCAGCUCGAGAUGUUGUUUCUAGAACUGGUCAUUCCUUAGCCCUUGGCUGUUUGCAUCGUUAUGUUGGUGGUAUAGGCUCAGGACAACAUCUAAAGACCAGUGUCAGCAUUUUAUUGGCUCUAGCACAAGAUGGAACAUCUCCUGAAGUCCAGACAUGGUCUCUUCAUUCACUUGCUUUGAUAGUGGAUUCUAGUGGCCCAAUGUAUCGAGGAUAUGUGGAACCAACUUUGUCUCUAGUUCUUACCUUGCUGUUGACUGUUCCACCUUCACAUACAGAAGUUCAUCAGUGUUUGGGUAGAUGUUUGGGUGCUAUCAUAACUACAGUUGGCCCUGAACUACAAGGGAAUGGAGCGACAAUUUCUACAAUUCGUUCCUCUUGUUUGGUGGGUUGUGCAAUAACGCAGGACCAUUCAGACUCUCUGGUUCAGGCAGCUGCCAUAUCUUGCCUUCAGCAGCUCCACAUGUUUGCACCACGACAUGUCAACCUGUCCAGUCUUGUUCCUAGCCUUUGUGUACACUUAUGUAGUUCCCAUUUGUUACUUCGACGAGCAGCUGUGGCAUGUCUCCGGCAACUUGCACAAAGAGAAGCAGCUGAAGUAUGUGAAUAUGCCAUGAGCCUCGCAAAAAAUGCAGGGGACAAAGAGAGCAGUGGUGCUAAUGUCAGUCCUUUUGCACCUGGGGUUAGUUCUCGAAGCGAUAUCCAUUGCCGGCACCAAGGUGUUAAUAUAACAGAAACUGGUCUUGAGGGACUUCUUUUUGGGAUGCUUGAUCGAGAGACAGAUAGAAAAUUAUGUUCUGAUAUACAUGACACGUUGGGACAUAUGCUUUCUUCAUUGGCAGUAGAGAAACUUUCUCAUUGGUUAAUGCUUUGUAAAGAUGUCCUGGCAGCUUCUAGUGAUAUGAGUACUGCAACUCCCUUAAGUGGUGGAAAAGAUGAAGAAUCUGAAAAGAAAGAUGAGAUGGACGAUGAUACCAUGUUUACCACACUAGGCGAGGAAGAUAAAUCAAAACCUUUUGUGGCACCUCGCUGGGCCACUCGAGUAUUUGCUGCUGAUUGCCUGUGUCGAAUCAUCAAUUUAUGUGAAAACGCAGACCAGGCUCACUUUGAUCUUGCCAUGGCACGUUCUGCUAAACUACGAAACCCUACAAAUGACCUCUUAGUACUCCAUCUCUCUGACCUGAUUCGAAUGGCAUUCAUGGCUGCAACUGAUCAUAGCAACCAGCUGCGGAUGGCUGGGCUUCAGGCACUUGAAGACAUUAUCAAGAAGUUUGCAUCUGUGCCUGAGCCAGAAUUUCCAGGUCAUGUGAUUCUGGAGCAGUAUCAAGCUAAUGUAGGAGCUGCUCUAAGACCAGCUUUCUCACAAGAUACACCAUCAGAUAUAAUAGCAAAAGCUUGCCAGGUAUGCAGCACAUGGAUUGGAAGUGGAGUUGUUAGUGAUCUCAAUGAUCUCCGUCGAGUACACAAUCUGCUUGUUUCUUCUCUGGACAAAGUUCAGGCCGGAAAAGGAUCUUCCAGCCAACUAUACCGAGAAAGUGCCACGACCAUGGAAAAAUUGGCUGUUCUCAAAGCAUGGGCAGAGGUAUAUGUGGUUGCUAUGAAUAUUAAAAAGGAAGCAGAGUCAAAACCAAAAAGAGCAAUGAAGAAUACUGAUGAUGAUGAGGAUGACUAUGGUACCAUAGAUGAACUACCACCAGACAGUUUAAUAACACUGGUACAACCCGAACUGCCAACACUUAGCCGCCUGUGGUUGGCAGCCUUGAAAGACUAUGCUCUUUUGACUUUACCAGCAGAAUUUUCUAGUCAGCUUCCCCCAGAUGGUGGAGCAUUUUAUACUCCUGAGACUAUUGAUACAGCUAGACUUCAUUAUUGGAAUCCCUGGGCCCCAAUUCUUCAUGCGGUGGCACUUUGGUUAAAUAGCACAGGGUUUACGUGUGCAGAGUCCACAGAAGCAGCAGUGUCUGGUUUACAAAAACGUUCUGCAUCCAUCAGUUUAAACCAGGCAUCAGGAGCAAUGGCCASUGCUAAAUCUUUGCCAGAAAUUAACAAAGACCGAAUGCAUCUGAUUUUAGGUGUGAGUAUACAGUUUCUUUGUUCCCCAAGACCUGAGGAGCCUGUGGAGCAUGUUACUGCAUGUCUACAGGCCUUGCACACCUCUGAUUCUCCUUGUGCCUGGAUCCAUAUUGCAGAAUAUCAGCUGAUUGGUGUUGAGUUGCUGAGUGUUUUGCAUCGUCUCCUUUUGACCUGGAACCCACCAUCCAUCCAGCUGUUGGUUACUGGAGUUGUACAACAGAUAGUAAGAGCUGCUCAGGAUUAUUUGCAGGAAAAAAGAAAUACUCUGAAUGAAGAUGACAUGGAGAAAGAGUCCUGUCCAGUAUUAGGAGAAGGAGGUGACACUGGUGGCCUCAUUCCUGGAAAAUCUCUUGUGUUUGCAACUAUGGAGCUGUUGAUGUUCAUUUUAGUUCGGCAUAUGCCACAUCUGAGUACCAAGAUGUCAGACUCUCCAAGUCACAUAGCCACUAAAACCCGGCUGUCAGAAGAAAGUGCUCGUCUGGUGGCAGCCACAGUCACCAUUCUCUCUGAUUUACCAUCCCUUUGUUCACCUGCUGGAUGUAUGACAAUCCUGCCCACAAUUCUAUUCUUAAUUGCAAGAAUAUUAAAAGACACAGCAAUAAAGUCUGCAGACAAUCAGGUUCCUCUACCAGUCAGUGCAGCUCUUCAAGGGAUUAAAAGUAUUGUGACACUUUCAAUGGUCAAAACUGAGGAAACUCAAAAACAGUGGACAGCUCUAAUUCGUAGCACUCUUGCAUGUAUCCUGGAAUAUUCACAACCAGGUAACCUAUCAGAGUUUUUUAAAAAUUUUGAUCUGAGAAAAGGUUAUAACUCCCUUGACAAGGAUGGAAGAGCCAUUGGGCCAGACAGAGUCCAGUUACUUGCUCUUUUAGUUCCCACUUUGAUUUCUUACCUGCUGGAUGAAAAUUCUUUUGCCUCAGCAAGUUCAGUUUCUAAAGAUCUUCAUGAGUUUGCACUCCAGAACUUAAUGCAUAUUGGACCUCUGUAUCCACAUGCUUUCAAGACGGUAAUGGGGGCUGCUCCUGAGUUGAAAGUGCGGCUAGAAACUGCUGUUCGAGCAAGCCAAGCCAGCAAGGCUAAAGCUGCUGCGAGGCAGCCAGCUCCGACCAUACAUUCUGCACCGACAAUCAAGCUAAAAACAAGCUUUUUUUAAUGUGUUCCUCCACUCAUUUUUAUAUGUAUUUCACCUAAUUAGUGGUAGCCACUGUUCCAUUCCAGGCUAUGGAUUCUAUUUUAUUUGUAUAUUGGUAUUAUAAUGCUUCCAAGUAGGUUAAGGAAGUCUUGUUCAUACCACUAUUGAUUCUUAAGGGAUUUUUAAAAAUUACAUGGUAUGUUUUCAUUUUUCUGCUAAUAAUGUUUCUCUUUUAUUAAU